AUGAGGCACAGUCUCCACUUGACCUUCCUGUGUCUGAGUCUCCUCACUGGAAGGAUGUGUAUCCAGGGGAAUCAGUUUAACAUCAAGGCCAGCAGAAGUGACAAGCUGUCCCUGCCUGGCUUUGAGAAUCUCACAGCAGGAUAUAACAAGUUUCUCAGGCCCAAUUUUGGUGGAGAACCUGUUCAGAUAGCACUGACUCUGGACAUUGCAAGUAUUUCCAGUAUUUCAGAGAGUAACAUGGACUACACAGCCACCAUAUACCUCAGACAGCGCUGGACGGACCAGCGGCUGGUGUUCGAAGGCGACAAGAGCUUCACUCUGGAUGCACGCCUAGUGGAGUUCCUCUGGGUGCCAGACACUUACAUCGUGGAGUCCAAAAAGUCCUUCCUCCAUGAAGUCACUGUGGGAAACAGGCUCAUCCGCCUCUUCUCCAAUGGCACAGUCCUGUAUGCUCUCAGAAUCACAACAACCGUUGCAUGUAACAUGGACCUGUCUAAAUACCCCAUGGACACACAGACAUGCAAGUUGCAACUAGAAAGCUGGGGCUAUGAUGGGAAUGACGUGGAGUUCAGCUGGCUGAGAGGGAAUGACUCUGUGCGCGGGCUGGAGAACCUGCGGCUUGCUCAGUACACCGUACAACAAUAUUUCACGUUAGCUACCAGAUCGCAGCAGGAAACAGGAAAUUAUACACGACUGGUCUUGCAAUUUGAGCUUCAGAGGAAUGUCCUGUAUUUCAUUUUGGAAACUUAUCUUCCUUCCACUUUCCUGGUGGUGUUAUCCUGGGUUUCGUUUUGGAUCUCCCUUGAUUCAGUUCCUGCAAGAACCUGCAUUGGAGUGACCACUGUAUUGUCAAUGACCACACUGAUGAUUGGGUCCCGCACUUCUCUUCCGAACACCAACUGCUUCAUAAAGGCCAUUGACGUGUACCUGGGGAUCUGCUUUAGCUUCGUGUUUGGGGCCCUCCUGGAAUAUGCAGUUGCCCACUACAGCUCCCUACAGCAGAUGGCAGCCAAAGAUAGGGGGAAGGCAAAGGAAGUGGAAGAAGUCAACAUCACUAACAUCAUCAACAGCUCCAUCUCCACCUUUAAACGGAAGAUCAGCUUGGCCAGCAUUGAAAUUUCCAGCGAUAACGUUGACUACAGUGACCUGACAAUGAAAACUAGUGACAAGUUCAAGUUUAUCUUCCGAGAUAAGAUGGGCAGGAUUGUUGAUUAUUUCACAAUUCAAAACCCCAGUAAUGUUGAUCGAUAUUCCAAACUCCUAUUUCCUUUGAUUUUUAUGCUAGCCAAUGUAUUUUACUGGGCAUACUACAUGUAUUUUUGA